AGCCUUUCAAAAAAUUUAUGUGAGAAAACCCACACCAUUUUUGCAAGAUCAUGACUACGACUAUGUUAAUGGCGGUUAUAGAGCUAUGUAUGCGUCUCUUAUCAUAAAUCCAAUGAAUGAUGCUUAGAUCAUCCAUCAAUGAUUCUCGCAAAGCAUCCUUCAAAGAUAAAACUUACUCUAAUAUUAACGUAUACAAUAUCGAUGGAAUGAGAGAAUCGGGUAUCAGCAAGUUACACCGAAAAACUCUUUACAACCCUCUACCUUCGAGUCUUGUUUCUUCUAAAGUUUCGGAUAUUCCAGUAAGCCCCACUAAUAAAGCAACCCAAAAUGGAAUGGAGAACGUUAUAGUCAUACCCUGUAAAUUAAAUUACAUGAAUAUUGACGAUCCUCACCAAUCGCGUAAAAAGUUUAUUCCUGCUCCCAUUACCACUGCUGAGAAAAUAGUUAGCGGUAAUGGCCAAAAAAUUGAUACUACAAAUUCCGCUCUUAGCAACGAUGUAUACACCCCGCGAGCUUCUUCCCUCUUGGAGCUGUCCUUUGAUUAUUCUUCCCUCGUCGAAAGAGACGCCCACGAAAAUUUGUCCCUUAGUUAUAUCGACGGCCAGGAUUACGACCUGUGUUCCUCUUUCUCGAAUAUUUUGUCGCCAUCGGAAGAAGAACAUGGUCAUCACAUGGCUCAACAUUCCAAUAAUCUAAGUCUCGCAGCACCUCAUAUGAGCUCAUUCGAUUCCCAACAAUCUCUCACGAGCGAGCUCCGGGAUACCCUGCUACAGAAUAUAAACGUUAGCGAAUUUGAGCAGCUGAUGGAACGUAUGAGCGAAGAAAUGCCCGACAUUUCCGAGAGGAUAAAUUUCUUUUUCAUUCAGUUCAUGGAUAUUUUGGCCAAGAAAAUGAGUGAAAAAAAAUAUCUUGAGAGGGUUAUGGAAGAGAAAAUCGAAAAUUUCGAUAAGCAAUUGUGGCAAAUAUACGAAGACACAGAACGACAAGUCCAUCUUGAAAGGAUGAAACUUCUCGAAGAAUUUGAGAAAAAGGAGUCUAAUAGUAACGGCGAACUUCAAAAAAUGAUCAAAUUUAAGCAAGAAGAAAUUGAUGCUCUUCUUCAAAAGUCGCUAGAGCUGGAAGAAAAGAUUACCUGCAUGGAAAUGAUAGACUCCGAAAGAACCAGGAUAAAUCGGAAAUUACAAGAUGAGAAAAGUAGCGUAUUAAAGCAGUUGGAAGAGAGUCGAAACAACCAAGAAGCACUGAACAAAGACCUCAAAAAAUUGCAUCAAAGGCUAUCAAAUAAUCAGCAAAACCAAUCGCAGAUCACCGAUGAUCUGAUAAUGGAAAAUAUGAAAGCCGAGAAACAAGAACUAUCUAAGCAAUUGGAACUUCUCAAGGAAUACAAUAGGAAGCUGAUGGAUGAUAAGGAUGAAAUGGAAGCGCGAGAUUUAAGUUACAGGUCUUCUUCUGCGACAACAAAUCAAAAAUUUCCUUUGAAAAAACAUGGCUCAAUAAUGGCAGAUUAUUUCGGAAAUGACAGCAAGAGCGAGCUUCCAUUUACCGAUAGUCGUAAUAUCUUGAACGAAUCAAACACCGAUAUUGUGCCUCUUCAAUUCCAUUAUUCCGUAAAUCAAAACUUAGAUUACAGCAAGCAAACGCUAAAACCGGCUACUAGAUUAUCACCCACCAUUCCCACAUUAUUCAGUCAGGAUUUAUUGCCUUCCAGGUGCUAUCAUAACAACAAAAUAAAAGACCAAAAACCUUUAUCCUCAAAUCCACAACAGCAAUCAACUCAUAACUUGUAUCGUUUUACGACGGGUUGUCCUAUAAAUGAACAUACCAACAACUCAUACCUUAGAGAUCCUCCAAAAUCCGGCUACCGCAAAGAUUCGGGAUCAGAAAUAAGAUCCAUUUCAGACAUUUUUGCCACCGCCCGCUAUUUUAAAAGCAAUCCUAACUCAGGCAUACUUAACCCUAGUUCUUUAGCCUUACUGAAUCCGGGUAGUGAGGUGGGCAUAGUUCGCAGCGCAUGGGACAUUAUUGCUUCUCAGAGCCAACGACGUGGGUACCUCACCAACAACGAUGCCGCCUUUAUUUCCACAGUCUCCUAUCCAACUCUGUACUCACCCAGGCUUCCACAUAAUCUCUCGCCCAACUUACAAAAUCGUCUCUUAGAUUCCUUUAUUUAUGAUUCAUAUUAUAAUCUUAUUGGAAAGCACUCAAACACUCCUUCUCUCCCAGCUUCUUCGAAUAACGAUCAUCUCUAUAAAAGUGAACAGAGUAAGAAAAAUGAUAUAAUCAAUGAUGAAAAGCGCGUUAAAAGUUAUUACCAACAUCAAUUCAAGAGUCGCGACGAUAUAUUGGCCGAUCUCAAGGAGGCAAUUAUUACCCCAAAGUCCACGUCGAACAAAAAAUAUCGCUUUAAAACUCAGCCCAUUUUUAUGUUAGAUCUAUACAAGUGUCAAGUUUUUAACCAUCUUCAAAGUCUCAAGCGUCCAACGUCCUCAUUGAAGCGAACGUAUAGUCAAAUCAUUACACUGGAUUCAACAAUAAACUCUAACUAUCCAUUGUUGAAGCGUUCGAGGACUUUAAGGCGAGUUGUUUCAGGCUCGGACAUUUCGAAAUCCGAAAUCACGAGUGGAGAUAUGGAAAAUUUCGAAAUAUUGGAAAAAUUCUUCAAAGCCAGAAUCGAAAAUAAGAAUCAUGCUCGUUCAUAUUCCAGGAUUUCGGAACUAAUGGAUCCUCUCAAAUUACCGAAUCACGUGAUUAAUCACCCCUAUCUAAGAUGUAGCCCUGUCGGACUCAGCAGCACUAGCGAUUCCUAUUGCGGUUCCACCCUCAAGAAAGAAGAUAGUUCUGACGAAUUUCUUUUUACAAAGAAUAGUACCUCUAAAUCUUCGAGUUCCAACUCUCAAAAGGAUUAUGGCACUAAACUUUUAGUGCGAAAAACUGCUUUGAGGGACCCAAAAAGAGUGUUUAAGGUCAUAAUAAUCGGUGAUAUGGGAGUCGGGAAAAGUACUUUUAUCCACAUGGCAUGUCACAAACAAUUUUGUGACAAUUUCCUCCCAACUUUAGGGAUGGACUUUCAAGUUAAAUCUUUAGAUAUGGAUGGUCAAUCAAUAGCCUUGCAAAUUUGGGAUACAGCUGGUCAAGAGAGGUUUAAAACACUUACCAGACAUUAUUAUAGAAAGGCCGACGCUAUAUUACUAAUGUAUGAUAUUAAUCAACAAAAGUCCCUGGCUAACCUUAAAGGAUGGAUAAAUGAAAUAAGAAAACAUUUAAAAUGCAUUUCGCUUGAACCAAAUUGUUGCACAUUACUGUACCGCCCGUAUGAUGAUCUUGAAAGCAUGAUUAUGAAGCAAAACAUACAUAAACCGGUGUUCGUGAUAUUAGCCAAUAAAAUGGAUCUCAUUGAUUUAUCUCAUUUAACCAUCACUUCAAAGGAAUUACAUUUGCUUAACCAGAGUCAAAAUCUAGCAAAUGAUAUUGAUGCCCUACAUUUCGAUGUAAGCUCGAAAACCGGAUUAAACGUUGAACAAGCUUUUAGAGAUAUAUCGAGAUUGCUAUGCAGCAACGAAGAUUUGAUGAUAAAGACGCCGCAAAUAUCGGCCUUGGCAUUGGAGCAUUUUAAAAGAGGCGAGGAAGGCAAGCAUAAAAAAUGCUCAUCGUCUUGUUAUAAUAAUUGACAUUAUUUUUAUAGUUUUAAUUUAUUUAUUUUCAAAAUCAUAUUCCAUAAUCUUGUUUAUAAAAUAAAUUAAUAUUUCGUUUUUUUUGAUUAACGAUUUCUAUAAAAUGUAAAUAUCAUAAUAAAA